UCCGUGGGAAAGCUCCAGCAGAGGAGCACUCACCGGUCAUCAGUCCGGUCUGCAGCCGCCACACGGGCCACCUGUCUCGGAUUACUCACCGGACAAACACCGCUGGAAAAAACGACUCCUGGAUACACUGAAUACUUUAGAGACCAAACACAGAGGAACACGGAGCUCUGCACCAUGUUCCCCACUCUUAUCGUCUGUUGAUACCGGGAAAUUGUUCUUUGCAUGGGAAGGAAACGAACCUGAAACUUCUUCAUCAACUUCUGGAUUAAACACACCGAGAAACCUAAUAUCCCUUUAAAACCUGCUGAGUAGGCCAAUAUUUUAUAGUUGUUUCCUCCUAUCAUAAUUGUAUCCUCUAAAACAUAUUACAAGAACAGAGAGAGGGGUUAGAAUCUUCUUAUUUUUUAAACUAAAAAACAUCCACACCUCUUACCGGGAGACACAGAGACUUCUCCCCGCCCUACAUGCACCAUGAAGCGGCCGUGUGAGGACAGCAGCUCCGCAGAGAGCGACCUGGAGGAGACCAUCGAUGUGGGCAGGGAGUGCAUUUAUCCAGGGCACAUGAAGGCGUCCUUAACGAGAUGUGGAUCCCCGACCACCACCACUCAAGUGACGGCGAGGAAAAAACGCAGAGGGAUAAUCGAGAAGCGGCGCAGAGACAGAAUCAACAGCAGUCUGUCGGAGCUACGCAGACUCGUGCCCUCCGCCUUCGAGAAGCAGGGUUCAGCUAAGCUGGAGAAGGCGGAGAUCCUGCAGAUGACGGUGGAUCAUCUGAAGCUGCUGCAGGCCACUGCUGGGAAAGGUUAUUUUGACGCCCAGGCUCUGGCGCUGGACUUCCUGUCUCUGGGUUUUCGGGAGUGUGUGACGGAGGUCUCUCGUUACCUGAGCUCGGUGGAGGGUCUUGACUCUGGAGACCCCCUGCGAUCCCGCCUCCUCUCCCACCUCGCUUCCCAUUUGCACCCCCACCACCACCACCACCAGCAUCACCAGCAGCCUCACCCUUUACCUCCCCCCUUCCUCCCCCACCACUGGGCUGCUUCCGUCGCUGCGUUCAGGCCUCCUUUCGGACUGAGCGGAGAUGGGGGUCCUCUGGCCGAGGCUUUCCAACGCAACGUGGCCUCCUCAUCACCUUCCUCCUCCUCUUCUUCCUUUGUACUCCCAUGCACUCCCCUCUCCGCCUCCCUCCUCUCACUCUCGGCAUCGUUUCCCAUUGGAUUCCCCGUCCUCCCUCCUUCCUCCUUCACCUCCACAAGUCCUCCCAUCUCCUCCUCUUCCUCCUCUUCCUCUUCGACUCCUCUCAUCAGCAGCAGUAAACCGUACCGACCGUGGGGAACUGAGGUCGGGGCUUUCUGAUUUUGAAUUAAAUAGCCCUGCCACUUCCUGUUAAUAAUGUACCCCCCCAGUCUC